CACAAUGAACCGUCAGACGGAGAGGGGCACGCGCGCUGGGCCCGGGGCAUUAGCAUGAUUGUAGAACAUUAAUAUUUUUAGCCGUGUCUGGAUACUGUUAUUUUAAACUUCCUCUUAAACUGCUGACUCGCCGCCUGACCGCAUCAACUCUCGACUGGAAGCAGGUUGGACGUCGAGUUUGAGGAGAACGAGGUCGGGAUCAGACCAACGUCACAGUUUGCCCCUCCUAGCGAGACUUUUCGUUCUUUUUUCCCCCCCGCGGACAAACACAUACAUACACUAAAAAAAAAAACCCGAAACCAAAAUAGAUAAAGAUGUCGUUGCCUGCUUCUUCUGAUUACUUCGCCGCGGAGUGUCUCGUCUCGAUCUCCAGCGGUCCCGUCCUGCACAGACCCACUCCGGUGGCCCCCGCCAGCCAGCCCGCCCCGGUGGGCCUUCACCCCGGGGAGCCCGAUGGGUCGAGCGAGGACAGGGAAGUUCGAGAGACGCUGAGGCUGGAGGGAACCAACAUGAUGACGGUGGCCGGGAUCCUCACCGACCUGCACAGCAAGUUCCGCCCGAUGUCGGCCUACUCGGAGAGCAGCAACUCCUCGUGCGGUGGGGAGAGCGGGUACACCACGUUGUCCGACCCCACCACCCCGACCAUGACCCCCUCCGCGACACCCGUCCCCGGACAGCAGCAGCAUCUCCAGCAGCAGCACCUCCGAGGGGCCGGGGGAGUCGGGCUCCCGCGGUCCCCCGUCAAGCGACAUCAGUGCACUUUUGACGGAUGCGACAGAGUUUACGGGAAAUCGUCGCACCUGAAGGCUCACAUCCGGACACACACAGGUGAGAGGCCUUUCCCCUGCACCUGGCCCAAGUGCGAGAAGAAGUUCGCCCGCUCCGACGAGCUCGCCCGCCACACCCGCACCCACACAGGGGAGAAGCGCUUCCUGUGCCCGCUGUGCGACAAGCGCUUCAUGCGCAGCGACCACCUGAUUAAGCACGCCCGCCGCCACCCUGACUUCCAGCCCUCCUUGCUGGCUCGCUGCAAGGCCACGCCCGCGUCUUCCCGCCAACCCGCCCACACCUAGGAGGGCACUUAGGUGAUGUCCGUUUCAAAGUCAACCAGCUACUAUCAAAUCCACUGGGCUGUACUCCAAAACACACAUGCACACAAACGCAAGGAAGAGGUGAACAUCUAAGAAAUCUCCCCAUUUCAAUCCUCACUUCCCCCAAAAAAUGAACUCUUCGGACCUAGUGCUCUUCCGCUUGCACACGCGUGUAUAGAAGUUUACAGAACAGCAGAUUGGACUGAGCCUUCUGAGGUGUUAGAGCUUUACUUCCGGUGAGUAGAAAUUACGCAGCGCUGCGUAAAACUGAACAUAUGCAAGAACAAAAAAGGAAGUGCUUUUAGAGAUUCACCACAGAACGAUAGACGGAAGAAUUUUCUCCAGAACAUAAUUGGUUCCUCACCACCACCCUGAAAUUUAAAGGUACAAAAUGCCUGUGAAAUUCAGUCAUACCAAGAAACAUUCCUGAAGCUUGCCUCCAACAUAUUAAUACUGAUUUCACCUUUUCUAACCAAAAAAAAAAACUAAAGAAAAAAAACUCACAACUCACAGAAUACCUCAUUGUUUAACGCAGGUUCACGGCAGCACAAUCAGUUUCAGUCCUGAUGCUUUCUCUUUAGCUUCAACCAGAACGGUGGAGUGCAUCCUAAGCCAUACAGAACUCAGAAUCCUAACAUCUCAUAUUCAAACACUUUUUUGCAAGUUGCAGGGAUUUUUCACAUUUUCUUUCAUUUCUGUAAAAGAAAAAAAAAGAUGAUGUUCAAGCUUCUCCUCAUUCAGAUUUUCACUGGUUUCUCAUGGUUCAUCCUUAGGGCUAAGCGUUAAGUUUGUGAUAUUAGAUAGCCGAACGGUGACUAGAACUUUUUUUUUUUUCAUUUUUGCUGUUGCUUUGCUUUUUUUGAGUCCUAGCGAUGAACCAUUCACGUUUAUUCAUUAUUAGUGACUAUAUGUGGAAUAUCUUGCCUAUAUUUCCAUCCGAUCGCAUCGUUUGGUCGGGAAGCUGAACACACCUCUCUGUAGACAAGCAGUUUGCACACCACUCUGAAGGCUAGAAUCAUUAUCUUCACAUAAUACGCAACAGUGUUAUGUCUAAUAUUGAUGCAAUUGUAUAUAAGCUUUAAGCUUUUAAUGUAGAAUAAAUGGUAAUGCUACUAGCAGCAGAAAUGAUACAUGUAGUCCUUAUAUUAGGGGUAAUAUUAUGCUAGAUAGGUUGGCGUUGCCAGUGAGAGUUGGUGUGUGAGUUUUGUUUUCCCUUUUUUCUUCUCUGUAUAUUUUGAAAGGGUAGUGAUUGAAAUUGUAAGCGUGUGCGUGUGUAAAAGUUGGACUUUUUUUUUUUUACUUUUCUAGGCGUGGAAGAGAAUGGUUGUGUGUUUAGCUCGGUGCUGCCUUCAGAUUAAAAGCAUUCGAUCCUCUGGCUUUGUCGGGCCAGAUGGCAGAAUGUGUGGAAGUGCGUGGGAUCAGGUGUGCCAGAUGGAGUUUUUUUCCCCCCCCCCUCUCCUUCUUCUUCAUCUCCGAUGCAGAUAAACAAGUCGUACAGGUCGCACUGGAAGAAUAAUCUGAUUGCAACAGUUUUUUUUUUGUAAUAAGAUGCAAACAAAACACGGCUGCCAUCACUCGAUCAAACGAAAGCAGCCAACAAUUCUGACUGCUACAUUGUCAGACCUGAAGGAAAACUAAAGUGAAAGCAGCUUUCAUUAAACUAAUAAAUUCAGUUUGGUUCUGCUUGCUUUGCUGCUUUGUCAUUAUGCACAGUAACAGUUUUCAUCGCUCUUCAGUCAAAAUUUCAGUGGAGAAGAAAGAACAUGCAGUUCAUUGCUGCACUGCUACAGCCAGACAUUCACUGAUAUGUGGAAGAAUAUUAUGGCUACUGGCACACAAAAAAACGAUUCAUAAAGUCAGAGUUUUGAGAAUAAAGUUGGAAUUUUGGGAUUAAAGUCGGAUUUUCAUUCAUCAUUAUUAUUAUUAUUUCCCAGAGGCCCUGAUCCUCCUCCAUAGAUAGCAGUUAUAACUGGUAGGGAAAAACAGGUUUUGUGGGUACAAUACAUGUUAUUUAUCAGCAUGAAGUUGCUACUAGUUUACUUUGUGCACUGAGCACAUUAAUUAGCAUAUGAUCCAUUUUGAGUUACAUUAAUUUUACUUUUUAUGAGUCAAAGCACAAAUUAUCAUAAACCCACUGCAACUAUAAGUAGAGGGAUAGGAACUGUAAUUCCUGGCUGUUGUGUCAGGGAACAAAAUGGCGAAGCGGCAAAAGAAACCCAGAACCAUUUUUGUCAAAUGAAAACAUGUACCAAAUAAAACGUUGAAAACUUGUCGCAUAAAACCCUCCAAAACACGAGUAAGAAAAGCAAAUCAUUCAGGAAUGAGAAGGAGCCGGGAUUAAAUCUUUAAGUAAAGACUAAAAAUGACCAAAGUAUUGUAUUAAUUAUUGAAAUAUACAGUUACAUCAAUGUUUUCUGUAAUAUUUAAAAUGCUUUGAGCACGUCCCCCUUUUUUUCAUACUCCAUCUGAACAGGUGUUUUAGUCCGAGGUCCACAGUUUUCACUAAAGCCUCAAGAGGGCGACGUAGAGCUGAGAAGAGACAAAAAACAAAAAAAAAGGAAGUGAACGAAGCUAGACUUGAUGUAUCCUCCUCCCUGUGAGAUGAAUUAUCCCCACGGGGAAAAUGACAAUUUUCUCUUCGCUCCGUUCCUGAAAAACAAGCGUCGUUGUUCUUCUUCUGCUCGAGAUUUGGCUUUUUCGUGUGAAUGGUGCUACCUUGUGGUUGGGCGUUUUAUUGUAGCUGUGGAAGCUUGGAGAAAACAGGUUCACUGCACCACUUCCUGUUGCAUCACAAGUAAGGGGCUUUUUACCGAAAAAUGUUCGCUACUGAAAAGUUUAGUCAUUCUGAAAAGCGGACUUUAGUACCAGUAUCCUUUCUGGUACCAAACCCGGCCACGUACUUAAGAAGCCAGUUUGUGUCUUGUGUCAGUGAUCCCCACACUCUUUAUCCCACAUUCCUUUUGUCUCAGCGACCACUUCUAUUGAGAGACGUUUGAAAGCCUUAAGCAUCGUCAUGACUACUUAUUCACCGUGUUUACAGCUGCAUCAUCACAAAGGUGGAUAUUCCAUCAGAAACAUGCAAGAUGGCACUUUCUUUGUUCCCUGAAAGAUGCACAUGGCUGAAGAGUGGAAUGGCUUGCACUGUGACUGAGUCUCUACUAGCACGCACUGUGGAGACUUUGCUAAUGUUUAUAAGAAAUGGUUUGUAUAAAAAGAGAAUAAAACUGCCUUUUCCCCAUUUGCUUUAAAAAGCAAGAUAAACGAACCGGGUAGUUGCUUUUAUUAUUCUUGUUGUUUUUCUUUUUUGUUUUAGUCUAACUUAGUUAUCCAGGCCAUUUCUUCUUGUGGAAUUUCUUUUGUAGAUGAUUGUUGUUCCUUCGUCCUCCGACGUAAUCUCUUCCGAUUCAAGAUGUCUUCCUCUCUGUUUUUCACAAACGGCAGCAGUUCAAUGUCGGUCCGUGUCAGUGGGAGCCCAUUGAAGUAAAAAAAAACAAACAAAGCAACACUGAUAUUUUUAUACACUUUUUUUUCUGAAGGAGGUUUGCUGCUGGCAGUAACCUACGACCACACGGACUGUUUAAAACAAAAGGAACAAACACAAUCUACUUCUGUUUUCAGAUGUCCUUCUGUCUCUCAUGACAGGUGGACGAGUCAGCUGACUCUCAUAGCUAUAAAAUCACAAGAACAUACCUCACAGGUUUACUUUGUUUUGCAGCGUCGGUGCAGAUUCCCUCCAACCCAAAAUUCCCAGCUUUUCUUUUAGCCUCUAGUUUUCCGAGGUUUGCUGAAGUCCUUUCAAACAGAUAAAUCUUUCAACUUCCUUUCGGCUUUGGUUACAGCAGGGUUUUUUUUUCUAAUAAAGGGUUUAAGCCAACUGCUGGUUAAUGCAGUGACCUGAAAGGGGAAAUGAUCAGAACACAAAGUCUCAGUUUUGUAGAAGAACAUUAUCCAGUUUGGAUGAAUCUCUUUGUUUUAUAUUAUUGUUUUCUUUUCUGCUUUGAGGGGCAACAAUAUCUCAACCACACUAAUUCAGUUAUGCACACUGUACAGGAAGUGGAUGUGCUGUAUUUUUAUGUUUUAUGAUUUCUCAUUUUUCUACAAUGUUGUUUUUUUGUUUUUGUUUUUUUUAAAAAGCUCUCCUAUUAAAGCUUUAGUUAAGAUCAUUUGGAAGAACUGUAUAAUUAAAUAAUAGCUGCAAACGGCUGUUUUUUUUAAAAAUAUUUAUAUUCUCAGGUGUCUUAAAAUUGUAAGCAUUGGAGUUUCAAAAUUUUCCUGUGCAGCACCGAUGUAUAAGCAUUUUAUUACUUUUGCUGAUUAAUUUAUUACAUAUCAAAGACGCAUCAUUUAUGUGGUUUGUUUUCAUAACUCAUUUUGUCAUAUGGGACUGUACUAAUAGUACACUGUUUCAAUGUUUGUUUUACUAUUUCUUUUUUUUUUUUUUUUAAAUAAAAAGUCUGACAUUCA